AUGUACAACAUGAUGGAAACCGAGCUGAAACCUCCCGCCCCCCAGCAAACUUCGGGGGGAGGCACAGGCAACUCCAACUCGGCCGCCAACAACCAGAAGAACAGCCCGGACCGGGUCAAGCGCCCCAUGAACGCCUUCAUGGUGUGGUCCCGCGGGCAGCGGCGGAAAAUGGCCCAGGAGAACCCGAAGAUGCACAACUCCGAGAUCAGCAAGCGGCUCGGGGCCGAGUGGAAACUUUUAUCCGAGGCGGAGAAGAGACCCUUCAUUGACGAAGCCAAGCGGCUCAGAGCUCUGCACAUGAAGGAGCACCCGGAUUAUAAAUACCGACCCCGGAGGAAAACCAAGACCCUGAUGAAGAAGGAUAAGUACACGUUGCCAGGGGGCUUACUGGCACCGGGCACCAAUACCAUGACGACUGGGGUAGGGGUUGGGGCCACCUUGGGAGCUGGGGUGAACCAGAGGAUGGACAGUUACGCGCACAUGAACGGCUGGACCAACGGAGGCUAUGGGAUGAUGCAAGAGCAGCUCGGCUACCCGCAGCACCCGGGCUUGAACGCGCACAACGCGGCGCAGAUGCAGCCCAUGCACCGCUACGACGUGAGCGCCCUGCAGUACAACUCCAUGACCAGCUCGCAGACUUACAUGAACGGAUCGCCUACCUACAGCAUGUCGUACUCCCAGCAAGGGACCCCGGGCAUGGCCCUGGGCUCCAUGGGCUCGGUGGUCAAGACGGAAUCCAGCUCCAGUCCCCCCGUAGUCACCUCGUCGUCUCAUUCAAGGGCUCCUUGCCAAGCUGGGGACCUUCGGGACAUGAUCAGCAUGUAUCUACCAGGUGCUGAAGUACCAGAACCAGCUGCCCCAAGCAGACUUCAUAUGUCCCAACACUACCAGAGUGCACCUGUUCCUGGCACAGCCAUUAAUGGCACACUCCCUCUAUCACAUAUGUAA